AUGGAAAAAGUAAUAAAAAAUUUAGAAUACAAGUAAAUAAUUCAUCAAACGAUAAGAAAAUUCGGAGAUUCAAAUCCAAUUUAAUACAUAAGUUUACAUCUAAAUCAAAUAUCCAUAGAAGCUAUAAUAUGGAUAAUAAUAUCAAUAAGAAAUGACGAAAUGACUCCGAAUGAAAAAAUGGUUCUUUCUCGGAUAAAAGAAUGUUAUGGAGUAAAAAUAAACUAAUUAUAUUGGAAUGGAAUAAUGCUAUAUAUUAGUAAUUUAGCAGAUAUUAAUGGAGAUGUUAUUUUAAAUAAUAAUGGAAUUUUCAAUCUAAAACUUAAAAAAGUUAAAGAAAGUACAUAAGACUAUUACCUUAUUUAUCUUAAGGAUAAUAUUGAAUGGGUGCAUUCGGAUAAUGGUCCUAUACUUUAAGAAGAUUAUAAACUAUGGAAAAUCUUUAUUGAGUUUAUUAAAGAAUUUUUUCAAGAAAAUGAUACAUCAUAAAAUAUGGUUGAUAAUAAUAUAAAUAAAUAGAAACAUAAAUGGACUUCAAGUGUAGAAAAUGUACAUACAAAAUCAACUAAAAAAGCACUUGUAAGACCACCAAGAUCUAUAAAUAAAGCGAUACCAGGAGGAAGAUAUGGAUGCGCAUAAUUAUUAAAAUGUUGUGGUUCAUUACCUUUAAGAAGUUGUAGUUUAGGAAAAUUAUCGUUAUUUGUCUAAGAGGCAAUAAGUAGAGGAAUAUUAAUUUAUUAUAAAACAUUAUUAAUAAAGCCUGCUAAUUUAGAUUUUGAUGAAGUACUUAAUAUUGAUUUUUUAGUUGAUUCAAAUAAUAAUAAUGAAAGUUGUUAAAAAAUAGAAAGUGAUUAAAAAAUAUAUUAAAUAAAUAAAAAAUAUAAUAUUAAUAAUUAUAAUAAUAAUAAUAAUAUCAAUAAUAUUAAUAAUAAUAACACCAAUGAUAGACUUUUAUAUGAAGAAAAAUUGUAAAAAGAACAACACUUCGAUAAAAUAAAUAUAAUAAAAUAAACUAUAACAGAUAUUUUAAUGUAAAAUAAAAAAGGUGUUAGUUUAGCUAGAUUACCUAAACUUAUUUAAAAAUCUAUUGAUUUUCCAUUCGAUUUACAUGAACUUGGAUUUCCUAAACUUAAAUCACUUUUAUAAACAAUAUAAGAUAUUAUCAUUGAAAAUGACGGUACAACUUAAGCUUAAGCAAUAUUAAAAGUAAUGUAUAUAAUAUUAUGUUUAAUAUUUUAAUAUCUAUAUAAAAAUAAAAGCAUAAACCAUCCUAAAUAAAAUAAUAAGUUUUCCAAAACUAAAAAUCUAACAUAGAAAAAAUAAAUUAAUAAUAACAAUAUUAAUAUACAACAACUUCUGUAAUAUCUUCACAAUAAGAACUUCUUCUCGGCUAAAAUGAUUAAUUUGUAUUAAAUUGUGUAGUUUCAGACAGUAAUAAUAAAGAAAAAGGCAUGA